AUGGCUAGUGAGGAGAGUUUCCUAGUUCUGGUACAUUACAGAGGGUCGAUUAAGAGAAAAACUCGGUCCGGCGUGAAGUUCACUGAUAAGGAUCCCCUAUGUAUUAUCGUGACGCCAACAACCACCUACGAUGCUCUUGUUAGGUUUGUGGUGGGGAAGCUUGGUUUUGAAGGAGUUAAAAGGGUCAAGAAGUUUUUCUACCGCAUUCCAACAGCGGUGCUCCAUGACACCGUGAAGUUUGAUUGUUUCACAAUCGGUAGUGACGAGGACUUGCAGGUUAUGUUUCUUUCUCGUAGCUCGGGUGGUUCGAACCGAAAUGCCAAUACUAUAGCCGCGGUUGCCGGCUCGAGCUCGAGACCUGCUGUUGCUUCAUCCUCUGCUCCUGUGUAUGAGCCACCGAUGCAGCCUGUUGUGUCCCCUUCGUUUGCCGUUGAUCUGAGCAGCAAUGUUGGAGACGAGGUUCGGUAUGGGGAACAUAUUCCCACCGAGGUACAUUGUCCCACACCGGCUGGUGUUGGUGAUGGUUUGUUUGAUGAUCCAGAUGACGAUGACGUGGAGCCGGAUAUGAUCGCUGAUGAAAGCGGCGAUGAUGUUGGAACUACUGUUCCGAGGAGGGCUACAGGUGGAUCUAGUUCUGGCACACAGCAGUAUCCACCCCAUUUUUCCUCGUUGGACCUGGAUGCCAUGCGGCAGGACGAAAAUGCUCUGCAGCCCUCAGGAUUUGGUGCUAGAGAUACCGAGGGGUCUGCCGGUAUGAACGAAUUCCAGGUUGGCCAACAAUUUCAGGAUAAAGAUGAGGCGCUGUUGAGUGUGAAGACGUACAGUAUCCGUCGAGGGGUCCAGUACAAGGUCGCUGAGUCUGACUACCGCAGGUAUGUGGGAAAGUGUUCUGAGUUUGGGAAUGGGUGCACAUGGCUGAUUCGGUUGAGUCUCCGACAGCGGAAGGGUAUCUGGGAAGUGAAGCGAUACAACGGACCGCAUACAUGUCUCGCCAGCUCCAUCUCCAGUGACCAUAGGAGUCUGGACUACCAUGUAAUAUCCACCCUCAUUAUGCCGAUGGUUAGGGCUGAUGCAGCUGUGAACAUCAAGGUGCUUCAAAAUGCCACGGCCGCACACUUUGGGUUCAGGCCAACAUACAAGAGGGUAUGGAUGGCGAAGCAGAAGGCCGUUGCCGUCAUAUAUGGGGACUGGGACGAGUCGUACAAUGAGCUCCCUAGGUGGGUUUUAGGAGUUCAGCUGACGAUGCCUGGCACUGUAGCCGUCCUCAGGACUUGCCUUGUUCGAGUUGGGGGACAGGUUGACGAGUCUCAGGUUUAUUUUCAUAGACUGUUCUGGACUUUCCCACCUUGUAUCCAGGCAUUCCGUCAUUGCAAGCCUUUGGUUAGUAUUGAUGGCACCCAUCUAUAUGGGAAGUAUGGUGGAACAUUGCUAGUCGCCAUUGCACAGGACGGAAACUCGAACAUCCUCCCCGUGCCAUUUGCACUAGUUGAGGGUGAGAAUGCUGAGUCAUGGUCUUUCUUUCUUUCCCACCUCCGUGAGCACGUGACACCUCAGCCGGGUCUGUUAGUUAUUUCAGAUAGGCAUAACGGCAUCAAGGCAGCACUCGAGGCUCCGGAUGGGGGAUGGCUACCCCCGGCUGCGUACCGGGCGUUCUGCAUUCGACACGUUGCAGCGAAUUUUGCCUUGACGUUCAAGGGAAAAGAUACCCGGAGGCUUCUUGUUAACGCCGCAUAUGCGAAGACCGAAGUGGAGUUCGACUACUAG